CUCGUAGUAGCUAUAAAAGUAUGUGCGUCACACAGCGGCAGGACUCCACUCACAGAGAUCUCAUUAUAGGUGCCCUGUGAGACCCUGCAAGUUCGUUCAACUUCUACUUCUUCUUCUUUCUUUUUUUUUGGCCCCUGAAAGGACAAUCAGAACAGCACCAUGCGCGAGUGUAUCUCUAUCCAUGUCGGCCAGGCUGGUGUCCAGAUGGGCAACACCUGCUGGGAGCUGUACUGCCUGGAGCACGGCAUCCAGCCUGACGGCUGCAUGCCCAACGCGAAGCCAUCCGGAGGUUACGACGACUCCUUCACCACCUUCUUCAGUGACACCGGCAGCGGGAAGUACGUCCCCAGAGCCAUCUUUGUGGACCUGGAGCCCAGUGUGAUUGAUGAGGUCCGUACAGGCAUGUACCGCCAGCUCUUCCACCCCGAGCAGCUCAUCUCUGGAAAGGAGGACGCCGCCAACAACUACGCCCGUGGUCACUACACCGUCGGAAAGGAGCACAUCGACUCUGUACUCGACAGGAUCCGCAAACUGUCUGACCAGUGCACGGGGCUGCAAGGCUUCCUGGUGUUCCACUCCUUCGGUGGAGGAACCGGCUCUGGCUUCACCUCUCUGCUGAUGGAGCGCCUCUCAGUAGACUUUGGCAAAAAGUCCAAGCUGGAGUUCGCCAUCUACCCGGCACCUCAGGUGUCCACAGCCGUGGUGGAGCCCUACAACUCCAUCCUGACCACCCACACCACCCUGGAGCACUCCGACUGCGCCUUCAUGGUGGACAACGAGGCCAUCUACGACAUCUGCCGCAGGAAUCUGGACAUCGAGCGUCCGUCGUACACCAAUCUGAAUCGCCUCAUCAGCCAGAUCGUCUCCUCCAUCACCGCCUCCCUGCGCUUCGACGGCGCCCUGAACGUGGACCUGACGGAGUUCCAGACCAACUUGGUGCCUUACCCUCGUAUCCACUUCCCUCUGGCCACCUACGCCCCCGUAAUCUCCGCAGAGAAGGCCUAUCACGAGCAGCUCACUGUGGGGGAAAUCACCAACUCCUGCUUCGAGCCCGCCAAUCAGAUGGUGAAGUGUGACCCUCGUCACGGCAAAUACAUGGCCUGCUGCCUGCUGUACCGCGGCGACGUGGUGCCCAAAGACGUCAACGUGGCCAUCAGCAACAUCAAAACCAAGCGCAGCAUCCAGUUUGUGGACUGGUGCCCCACAGGCUUCAAGGUGGGCAUCAACUACCAGCCUCCCACCGUGGUUCCCGGAGGAGACCUGGCCAAGGUGCAGAGGGCCGUGUGCAUGCUCAGCAACACCACCGCCAUCGCCGAGGCCUGGGCUCGGCUCGACCACAAGUUCGAUCUGAUGUACGCCAAGAGGGCCUUCGUCCACUGGUACGUCGGGGAGGGGAUGGAGGAGGGAGAGUUCUCAGAGGCCAGAGAGGACAUGGCCGCCCUGGAGAAGGACUACGAAGAGGUCGGCCUCGACUCCUUCGACGAAGAGGAAGAGGGGGAGGAGUAUUAAAGUCAGAGGUGUAUUAAAGAGAUUCUCCUCCAGAAGCAGUGUGAGUGUUAAUGUGCAGUUUAACGACUGGUUUGUAGAUCAUUAAUAAACACUAAUUUUACUGCCGAGCAGAAGUUUGUCCAAGCUCAAUCCCAUGGUGUUUGGUAUAUUGAAAAAUAAUUCUCCCAUGAGAGAGAAUGUGUCUUUACCUCCUUUUCUAAAUAAAGUUGUCUACACCUA